AACCAGGCAAGGCACUGAAAUCCCAAGCUGGGAAGGCAGGGGAAGCUGGGGCAGGUGUAGUCUUGACACAUGGGUUGGCAGCCCCAAGGGGGUUUCUGUGAUCCAAGCCCUCACGGGUGCCUGGCCAAGAAUCCAGGGUGUGGAAGUUCGCGGGCGGGGAGCUCGGCGUGCACCGUACCUGAGUCCCGGGGGCAUUGUAACCUGCCUGCUGCGAGGAAAGCAGAGGGGGAGCAAGCGAGUGACGCGGGAUGACCGCACCUCGCCCUGCAUACCGGGCGUGCGGGGUGGGAGAAAGAGCUGAGCCCACCCCCAGGGAGUGGCCAGCCACGCUCCUUCCCUCCCCCCCCCCCCGCCCACGCAGAGUGCUCCCCGGGGGGCCGUGCAGCACGCCGGGCCAAUGCCGCGCGCGCCGGGGGCGCUUGCUCCCCACAGGGGGCUGCUCAGGGAUUGCUCGUGCCGGUGCCGGUGCCUCCCAGGUGCGGCAGGCGGGGCUGGGGCGGGGGCGGGGGCGGGCGGGAGAAGGGGGCCGCUGAAGUUUGGCCAGCCAAGGAAAGGGCCGGUCCGAAGGGGAGGGGGCUUCCCCUGCCCCUCUUUUAGCCAAGCGCGGCUGGGUGCAGCAGGAGCCCCCUCCGCUCCCCCGGGAGGAGGCGGGGCGGCUCCUUCCCUACAAGCCACCGUGGGGCUUCUUAAGUGUUCCCCAAAGGCGGCUGCUGGAGAGGAGGAGGAGCUGAACUAACGCCAGGGGCCGAGGCGGCGGCGGCGGCGGCGGCAGCUCCAGCUCCAGCUCCAGCCCCUUCACUGCACCAACCUGCGGGCUGGCUAGAGAGGGAGCCCAGCCCCUCCCUCUUCUUCAGCCGCCGCCGCCGCCGCCUCGCGCGCCUGCCUCCGGCCCAGGGUCCCAGCCCGCGCCGCAAGAAGCCGCCUUGCAGCUGCGGCCGCCGGCCGGCCGGCGGGGGGCCACGAGCGGCAGCUGCAUCUCGGAGCAUCUGCUGUCCGGAGUCCCCCCGGCUUCCCCUCCCGCCUCCACACCUGCAGCUCUUCCCCCCUCCCCCCCCCCUUCUGAAUGAUUUCUCCGCCUCCCUCUUUUCCUCCCCGCCCCCCCCCACCUGGGGCCUCCUAAUUCCUUGGUUUCCUCUGGGUUUCCUCGGCCUCUGCCUUGUCAUGUCAAGAUGGAAGUCGGGCAUGACUGGCUCGCCUCUUCCCCCCACGAGGGCUUCGAGCAGCCGAGGCUGAAGAGCCGCCCCAAAGAGCCGUCCCCGAGCCUUCCCAGAGUAGGUGCCAACUUCUACAGCACCGUCAAGCAGCAGGACUUCAGUGCCAGCGUCUGGCUGAGGAGGAAAGACCACCUGGAGCACUCCCAGCAAAAAUGCAUUGUGAUCUUUGCACUAGUGUGCUGCUUUGCGAUUCUGGUUGCACUGAUAUUUUCAGCAGUGGAUAUAAUGGGAGAAGAUGAGGAUGGACUCUCAGAAAAGAAUUGUCAAAAUAACUGUCGGGUUGCUCUUGUGGAAAACAUUCCUGAAGGUAUAAACUAUUCAGACAGUGCACCGUCCCACUUGUCUCUUUUCCAAGGCUGGAUGAAUUUGCUUAAUAUGGCUGAAAAGUCUGUUGACAUAGUAUCUUCCCAAUGGGACCUCCAUCACAGUCAUCCAUCUGCGUGCCAGGGCCAGCGUCUUUUUGAAAAAUUGCUAGAACUGGCGUCUCGAAAUACUGAGAUAAAACUAGUGAGUGAUAUACUGCCCACUGAAUCAAAGGUAUUAAACGACUUGAAAGCAAAGGGUGCAGAAGUGUUGUAUAUGAAUAUGACUGCUUAUAAUGAAGGUCACCUUCAAUCAUCAUUCUGGAUUGUUGAUAAACAGCAUGUAUACAUUGGAAGUGCCAGCUUAGACUGGAGGUCAUUGGGACAGAUGAAAGAACUUGGUGUCAUUGUGUACAACUGCAGCUGCCUCGUCCUAGAUUUACAAAGGAUAUUUGCCUUGUAUAGCUCAUUAAAAUACAAGAAUAAAGUGCCUCCAAGUUGGUCUAAGAGAUUGUAUGGGGUGUAUGAUACCCAAAAUAAACUGAUGCUGCAGCUGAAUGAGACAAAAUCAGAAGUCUUUGUGUCGAAUUCUCCCAAACUCUUUUGUCCAAAAGACAGAGUCUUGGAUAUUGAAGCUAUCUACAAUGUUAUAGAUGAUGCCAAACAGUUUGUGUAUAUAGCUGUCACAGAUUACCUCCCUAUUGUCUUUGACACAAAUGCUAAAAGGUACUGGCCGUAUUUGGAUGGGAAGAUAAGAGAAGCAUUAGUAUUACGAAGCAUUAAAGUCCGGCUCCUCAUAAGUUUCUCAAAAGACACAGAUCCCCUUACAUUUAACUUUGUUUCAUCUCUUAAAGCUAUUUGUAUUGAGGUUCCUAGCUGUAGUUUAAAAGUUAAAUUUUUUGAUCUUGAAGAGGAGAAUGCUUGCUUUCUCAAAGAACAGAAGAAUACGUCCCUUCCCAAAUUAAAUCGGAAUAAAUAUAUGGUGACCGAUGGAGCUGCUUAUAUAGGUAAUUUUGACUGGGUGGGAAAUGAUUUUACUCAAAAUGCUGGAGCUGGCCUCGUUAUCAACCAAGCAGACGUGGGGAACAACACAAGCAUCAUUAAGCAACUUAAAGCUGUGUUUGAAAGGGACUGGUAUUCACACUAUGCCAAAAGUUUGCAACCAACAAAAAUCCCAAACUGCUUAAACCACAAACUUAACAAAGCAGUGGCAAAUAAGACUGUCAUGAAUUAAAAAGACUAUUUUACUGUAUGAUGUAUGAAGAAAUACAUCGGGGCCGCUGUAACCCUAUUUCAUAUUUACAGAUAAGAGACUACAAAAGGCAAAAAAUCUUUUUGUUUGGGUUUUUUUGUUUUUUUUUUCUAGGAAAAAGCACACUUAUAUAAAAUGUUCUCUAAACUAUAUUCUCUAUGUUGAAUUAUUUAUGACUUUUAAAUUUGUUACUUCUUAUAUUGAAUAUCAUUUAUGCUUCGACAUUGAUUUUUCACAUUUGAAUUUAAGCAUACUUUGAUUCCUCUCCUUCAGUUUUAGAACUUUUCAUACCUCCCAUCCUGGUUAGGCAGAACCUUGAGGCAGAACUGAAAGCUGAGCUAUGAAAUGUCAUUCUAAGAUCAGCUGCUACUGAUACAUAAUGGAGGACAGACUUCCCCCAUAGCAAAAGAUACUAGUUUGAGCAAGUAUUCUCCCAUGUAAAUCGUUCCCUCCAAGUAUAUGGCCAUCCAAGCAGAUUUUGAUAGUUUUGAACAGAUAGUUUGAUAUCAAUAUCUAAUUACAUUUUCACACCAUUCUCAAAAUGUAUUAAAGCUAGCUGUCAGCUUCCUUGUCAUCUCCUAAUAAUACCAUACGUUUUCUUUUGUCCAGACAACUUUCACUAUAACCUCUUCCGCCAAACCUCUUACCUAACACAUUUCAAAAAUUUUUAUUAAUUUUAAUUCCCUCUACCUUCGAUGGUUAUUCCUUGUUAUACCAAUGUCUCUUUAAUUUUGAAAUUCCUGGAUUCUGAGGAUGUUUUAUUAUGAAAAUCUAUUAUAAAGAUGAAGGGCUGUCUUUUCUUGUUAGCUGUACAAUGUGAUCUUCCCAAUUUGAAGUAUUUCUCAAGAAUGAGGCAGCAAUUUUGUGUAGCAUCAUUAUUUGAAAAAAAAACCCCCAAACCCUUAAAUGCUCCUUUUUGAAAAUGGUGAAGGGCUGUGCAAAGCUGUACAAUAAUUUUAGUGAACAUUUUCACAGUUUUUUUCUAGUUGAUUUCACCUGGCAAACUUUGUUUUGUUAAUUUAAAAACAAAACGAACAAACAAACAAAAAAGUAUCCAUUUGUGAAACGGUGUUUUUGUGUCAAAAUAGGUCAUUCAAUUUCUUGCAUGUUUUUUAUAAUUAUAAAAGAAAUUGGGACAGAUUCAUCUCUGGUGUAACUCCAUGACUCACUGACUUCAGCAAUUACACCAGCAAUGAGUUUCAUCCAGUAUAUUCAAAGUUGAAGAUCAUUUUUUAAAUCAGAUCCAUUUAUUUGCAAAAUUUCACUGAAGGACCAAGAGAAGCUCUAGAGGUGAAUAUCUUUCAAUCAUGUGUCUUGGGAUAAACUUAAUAUUAAGUCCUUGCAUAAAGGCAGAAGAGCCAAAAAUUCCAAAGUUUGCAGUUAUAGCUUCUGCUAGCAAUAGCACAUAAAAAGAUAAAAAUUAUUAACCACUGAUGUAUUUCCCUUCCUUGCAUUCUUGAUACUAGGAAUGCAUUGAAUUUUUAGUACAUUUUAUACAGAUAAUGGAAAAUGUCAAUGGAGCAAAACUUUGUCAAACAAGAAAGCAAAGGCAUUUGUUUUCAAGGCAGGGAGAAAGUGAUUUCAUGACAUUGUUCUGAUACCAAAUGAAUGAUACAUAUGCAGUCAUUUUAUCUGAUAGAUUUUUGGAGCAGUAGAGUCACAAUUGCGUACUGGUCCAUUAUGGUAUAAUGGAUUCCCAACUGCUGGAAGAACAAAUUUGCGUACUACAGUCAUCCAAAAAAGUACAGGUUUUUGUUUUUUUAAAAAAAGUAUACUGUGUUUUUAUGAACCAUCUGAUUUAGGAACAGAAGGGUUUAUUUUUAAAUAACUUUAAUCAGUAAAUAGUGGUCAGCCGUUCUACAAUGGGACUGGCAGGCACAAAUUUCAUUUGGUAUAAAAUAUAUACUAAUGAUUUUAAUAUAGUUGUUUCAAAUGACAGCAGCUCCAAAGAAGUGCAGAAGGCUUUGGUGUGGUAUGUUAGGCAAAAGAUAAAGUGCAUCCUUGGAUUUAAAAAAAGAGGAAACGGAGUUUAAAAGAAAUCUUAUUCGUUUUUAGAACACAUUAAAGAGGAUAAUAACCAAUCAUUCUUUCUGGGUUAGAACUAUUAUAGUUCAAAUAGAUCAAAUGAAGUGGACCAGGUUCUGAUCUCAAUUACACCAAAGUAAAUAUGAAGUAACUCCAUUAAAGUUAAUUUGUACUGGUUCAUUUGAGAUCAGAACCACUGUUUUCUUUUGCUUUAGCUCUGUAGAGCACCACCACUGCAUGGCAUGUUUUCAAAUGCCUAUAGGAAUUUGCCUGUAGUAGUUUCUCACAGAUCUCACAAACAGGAUCCAGAAGAUGCACUUUCUCUAACUCCCUUCUAACUGGCAUUGGUAACUCUGUCGUAUUACAAAGGCUUUUCUAAAGAGAUCAGCUUUAUUCUUAAAGAAUAUACACUGUAAUUGUUGUUUGCUGUAAACAUUUACUAGUGCCUUAUUCAUGCACAAGGUUUUAUUUAACUAUUUCUCUUGUGAAACCCUGCUAAGAUCUUGUGUUUAAUACUGAAGCAUAAAAACAGCUUGCUAAAAAAGACAAAAGACCUACAUAUUGUGAAUGUUUAGAAUUCAGUACAUAGUGCUAGAGUCACAAAAAGACAAAACUGUUGCCAAGAGCUGGGCCCAAAACCUUGUAUAUGAACACACCUGAACUUUGGCGUGUUUUAAAUGCCACCCCAGCUUUGGAUCCAAUUUUCACAAGUUGACCCAUCUUUAUUAUGAGAUGAUGCAAAUCCCAAAUCAAAGUAUACCUGAUUUUGGGGAUAUUCAAAAUCUGUCUUCCCCAAUAUCAGACUCCAAUCAGAAGCAACAAUACUGUGGCAGUUCUUUCAAGCUUGAGGGUGAAAUAAAUGCAGACGCAUACAGAGGCUGAUACACAGCUACUUUGCAUAUUUCUUUGCAAUGUUGUUGUAGCCCUGCUGGUCCCAGGAUAUUAGAGAAAUAUAAGUUUGGAAAUCUUAGAAUCCUUCUUUUGAGAUUUACCCAUUUUCUGCAUUCCUAAUGUAUGCAUAACCUCUGUUAAUGUCAACAGGAGUUUUGCGUGCAUAAAAACUGUGGGAGUUGGCACAAAUUGGAUUUUCUUGCCAGUUAGCCCUAACUAAGGAUGAAAUCCAGACUUAAGAUUUCUAACUUUUUUGUGACUGUAGUGCAUACUUCCUCAAAUGAAAGCUGCCUUUUUCAAUACAGUAAUAAGACAUCAGCUGGCUAUUCUAGUUCUUCAAACUGAAAUCCAUGAUAAAUGUCCUCCUCUUGAGCAAUGCUUAAUUUACUGUUAUCUACACUUGACCUCUAAUAACCCUAUGGAGGGAAGUAAUUUAUCUUAAACCCUGUGGACUUCAUAAUUAUUACAACUAUUUCAUUAUAGCCUAAGAUGUACUGAUAAAAUAUACAUAUAUUUUCAGAUGCUAAUUUUUAUCACUGUAUUUUGCUUCUUCCCUUCCUUCCCUUUUCCUGUAACUUUGAUUUAUUUAAUCAUUAUUGCUCUGUUCAUUUGAAUUUAUGUAAAAGUUGAACACAUUUUUGAUAUAAUUUAAAUUCAGAGCCUUGCCUCCUGAGUUGAGUGCAUCAGUACCCUUAUUCAACUUUUAAUAUGUUUUGUGUUACAGUAGCAACAUUGAUAUUGUACAAUAGUUUCUGACAUUUGAUUUUAUAUUUUAUGUUAAACAUUGCUGUGUAGUAUAUAAGAAUUUUACACUGUCAGAUCUAGUUGCUUUUGCAUCAUCACCUUGCACAUAUGCCUCAGAAGCUUGCCAGACUAGCAUGAGAAAACAACAUAUCUUUUCAAAAUAGAGUUAGACAAGGGUAGAAAAACCUCAUGUAGCAUUUGAUUAUGCUGCAUGGGUGUUUGGGUUUUUUCAAAUUAAUAGUAAUGUGCUAUUACUCUAUACAAUGAAACCUGUGCUAUGGGCCAAUUUCAGCAGAUGAACCCCUAUCUUAAAUAACCACAUUCAAUAUCCCAGAGGUUUCUAGAGAAAUUUUGUUCAAAGUUCAUUUAGGGCAUGAUCCAAACUAAUGAAAGUCAGUGAGAGUUUUUUCAUUGAUUUAAAUGAUCUUUGGAUCAGGCCUAAAGGCAAUUUAUAGAAGGCAUCCAGUUGUCCCCCAUAAGGGGACAUAAAGAGUCCCAUAAGGGAGGUUUCAGCCCACCCCUUAGCUCAGAUUUUUAUGUAAGAUGCAUUUCUACUGCAUGUACCUGGACUUCAAGUGCCUUAGAACGCUUGAGGUUACAUUUGGCCUAAGGUUCAAAAUAAAGGUAGGGGGGAAAACGUUAAUGCCAUUUAUUUCUCAAUGCCACCUUGAAUUUGGUUGUAAAUCAGUUUUGAUUCUGACUAAUCAAGUACAACUCCAUUUUACUUGAUGGAAAUUAGUUCUACUUAUGCCAACCAUUCAUUUUCAGAUUUGGCUCCUAUAUUUCAGUGAACUCAACAGUGUUGAUUUUUUAAUCCUAUGAAAUAUGGCACCUGCUAAUCUUCUUUGCUGAGAUCAGAAAUCAGGCUGAUAGCAGAUUAAUGAUUCAUGCCACAAUACAAAGGAAUAAUAUUAACAUCCUGGGAUUAUAAAGUUGUGAUGCUGCAGUUUUGUAUUUUAGCACUAAUGGCUAUUUCUAUAAAUUAUGUCCAUCUAUUUGAAAAAGUUUCAGAUUCCUAUGCCCUGAUCUUUAUUAUUAAUAGUUAAUUAGACAUCUAAGUGCUGUUGAAUAUAAAUGGAACUUUGGCCCAGAUACUCAAAGGUAUUUAGGUGCCUAACUCCCAUAGAAAGUGACUUACAUUCUUAAAUCACUUACGUGUUUUUGAAAAUGUUAUCCCAAAAAUGUUAAUGGCAGUUGGUAUUUAUUCUAAAAAUGAAAUAAUAUGAACCUCACUUUGCAGAUGGCAGAGGCAAUCCACAUUCAGAAUGUAAGGAGACUUCUCAGCUGACAGUGUGGGGCUUGCUUUAAUGACUAACUAACAAAUAACUAAAAUAGUUUAAUGCGUAUUUCUAUGCUUGGUUAUCAGUUUUGUAAAUGGGAAAUAACCUGGCAUUUGCUUUUAAAUUCAACAGUACUCUGAGAUCUUUGGAAGAUUUUAAGAAAUGUGGCAGAAAAUCAGAGUGCCUAUGAAGAUUACAUCAAUUUCCUUCUGCAGGUGAGGAGGCUACUCCCCUCUCCUUGGCACCCAAUCUCUCUCACACCUCUCACUCCCCCUAGAGUCCUUCAGGGUUUUGGAGCUCACUUCCCAGCUCCUGAGAAGAUCAGAGGGUUGAUUACAAUGAACAGAUCCUUACAGUUGUCUGCUCCUCAUGAACACUGCUAUCUGCCCAGCCCACUUUUACUCUCUUGUCAGGGCUAAUAAUCUUUUGUCAGAAGAGCGGAGAAAGAACAUGACCUCCCAUCCCCUGUCUACCUGCCAAGGCACCAGCCUGUGACAGAGAUCCAAAAUGGGGGUGAAGGGGGAGCAUGAAAAAAUUAUUAUUCAAGAAAUGUAAAAUCAUGUGGCGUUCCAUCCUUUGGUGUAAAUCUCUCUCUUCCUGGGACUCGGCUCUCAUGAUUCUUCAUUUCUGAGGUAAAUAAUUUUCUACAAUACAAGGAGACAUCAAAUAUGUGAAGUGUAGGUAAUUCUGGGACCAGACAAGGGAUGUUUGAGAGGUAUGGUGCCACCCAAUCCCAUAAUUCCUCUCCUUCUCUCCAGUUUGAAAUGGAGUGAUGGUGGUUCGAGCAAAGUGGGAGAUGCACGGAUCACAUACUCCCCUCUUCUCCUUCCCUGUGGUAGCUCAAAGUGCUUCAAGGAGUGGUAGGAAUGGGCCAGUAGCUCUGCAGGGGGGAGCAAAAGAACUCAGGCCCAAAUCCUCAAAGGUACUUGGGUGCCUAAAUCCCAUUGAUUUCAAUGGGUGCAUAAAUACCUUUAAGAAUGUGGGCCUCAGUGCUUAGGACCAGCUCUUUUGUAAUGAAACUGCUGAGCUCCUAGAAACCUCCUUUUUCUUACUCCUCUCCCUGGAUGGCUGUGUCCUUUCUCUUAGAGAAUGUCCCAGAUUCUUUGGGUUUAAGAAAUUCCCAGUGUAGAUGAGGUUUUUAUCUUUACCUACCACAAGAAGGAAAUGACAGAGGGCCAGUUAGGGCCCCCAGAUCAUUUAACAUUAAUAUGUAUUUUAAAUCAAGACCAAGACUGUCUGUGUACUCAUUUGCAUCAUCAUUUAAAAUAAAAAUGAGUUGGGGGGAAAAAAGACCAGCUAACUUUUACAGACCAAUAAAAUGUUCAUUUGCAGAUAGAAAUGGCAGCUAUAACAUUUUUCUGUAAAACUUUAGGGGAAAAUGCCUGGAUCUGAAGAAGGCUUCUAACCAUGGGAGGAGUGAGAUUCUGGAACAGUCUUCCAAUAGGAGUUGUGGGGGCAAACAACCUAACUAGUUUUCAGCGCAAGCUGGACAAAUUUAUGAGUGGGAUGGUAAGAUGGAUUGCUUAUGGUGUGAGGGUAGAGCUCAGCAGCUCUGAGAGUCCCUUCUGGAUUAUGUCUUAAAUUCCUAAAGCUCAUCCUUCAAGGUUUCAGCUGGUCACUUGCAGGGGUCAGGAAGGGAUUCCACACACACACACACACAAAAUGUGGUCAGGGGGUUCGUUAGGUCUUACUCUGAAGAAUCAGAGAUGGUUUCAACUGGAGAUGGGAUAUUUGACAGGGUAGGGCAGGGCUCUGAAAUGGCACAAAGCAUUCUCUCUCUCUCUCGGGUGCGUGGCUGGCUGGUUCUUGCUCAUUUGCUCAGGGUUUAACUGAUUGCCAUAUAUGAGGUCAGGAAGGAACUACCCUUCCCGCCUCCCCCCAUCCAAGCCAGAUUGGCAGACACCUUGGGAGUUUUUAGCCUUCCUCUUCAGCGUGUGGGUGCAGGUUACUUGCCAGGAUCAUCUGAUUAUAUCUCACUUCAUCAUCUCCCUGCCUUUGCAGGGGCCUCAGACACUGGUGCACCUCAGUCCCUCUAUUCUCUCCCUGUGGCACAUAACAGUCUAGUUUCUGGUGGGCUGUAAUACUUCGGUCUAAUAUUGGUUGUUGGGUGCUGGGUGCAGUUGGUGGCCUGUGAUGUACAGAAGGACAGACAAGAUGAUCUGGUGGUCCCUUCUGGCCUUAAAUGUUAUGAACUGCUUCCUACUAAGUUCCUUGAGGUGCAGUAGGCUAUGAGUGAACUGCAAGCUACAAUAUGUUGUACAAAGACGGUCAUGGUACUGAAAGUUUUAGGUCCCUGUAUGGAUAUCUAUAGCAUAGGAACAACAUGAGAGAAAAAGGUGGAGAAGGCCAUAUAUGUUUCUAUGUCUAUUUUAUAUAGAUCCCACUGUCAAGUAUUGUUUAAAAAACAGCUCUUUCUCAUAGUCUUGAUGUUUUCAGAAGUGAUCAAAAGUGAUCAAAGUCUGAGAAUAGCAUGAAAGCAAUAUUUACAGCAUCAGGCAUACAGCAUGCAAACCAGCGAAAGCAGUCUUUGUGCUCACUUUCCAAGCAUGGGCAUCUUAGUUCCUUGGACUAAUAACUGCCCUUAGAUGCCCAAAUACCCAUUUUAUGUGCCCAAGUGCCUAUCUGAGAUCCCAAAUGUGGAAAUGGCACACACACUCUCACAUUUUGGGAAAUAGGGAUACCCAUGUCAAUUGGCUAACACAUCGGAUAUCAUCAGUCAGCAAUGACUUGCUCCAUAUUUGCCUUGUGAUUAAAUCAGCCUAUUAAUGGGAAACAAGUAUUUAAUAUGUUACGACAAAAGUAUUGCUAGAGGACUAGAUCUUUCACACCCCUUAAGGGGGUGGGGAAAGACCAGGGAUCCCACAGUGAGAGACUCGUAAUGAGAGCUAUGACAGAGAACCAUUGGCCUUGGAGUGAAAAUGUGACAGACUGAAAAUUUGUGCUGUCAUAAAUUGGAGUCAUUUCUCUCCCCCAGCACUCGAGCUCACAUAUUCAAGCCAAAGGGCAGUGAUUUCCCCUGUAAACUAAACAUUGCAGGUCGUAUAUCUUUUAUUUUACUUUUUUUUUUUAAUGGCAAGAGAACAGCAACCACUGCCUCAGGCACCUCCUGAGCAUUCUCACACAUCUUGCCUUCAAUAAACUUUUUUCUCUCUGUCCUUUAAAAAAAUAAAAUAAUAAAAAGCUGCUUCACCCACAUUGCUUCUGUUGGAGUUCCCUGUGCCUCCAAGCAAGGUCCCUCAUCCCCAUGGAGAUACAUGUAGCCUCUGGCAGGAUAAUUUCUGCUGGCUUCCUUUCAAGUGCCACAAUAGCCAUGCCAAAUACACAUGCGACCUUGGAAGACAUAAAAAUUAACCUUCUUUAGGAACAAUGGGAGUCAGGUCAAAGUAGGGCAUGAUAGGUGAAGGAAGGGGAAGAGGAACUGUAAAUAGUCUGGUCUAGAGGUGGGACCAAAUCAUUACCCUGAAUCCAACCCCCCUGAACUAUGGGGAGAGGUUUGAAAUCCAAACUGGGAUUAAGUGUCUCCUAGCUUUAUAAUGAACCAAACCAAAAACCUUGUCUCCAAACUCCUCCUGUGUUAUUGUCCAAGAUCCAUAUCUGAAAUUUGUGGCUUGAACCACGGGCUCCCACACACAAUUGGGAGACACACAAUUAGGUGACCCCAAUUGCUAGCCUGUUGAUUUAAGACAUGAGUGUCAAAUGAACAUGUCAAUCCUACUAAGCUAUUUGAGGUCACGUGACCCUUCUCUGACCAUUUAGUUGCAUUUGUCAAUUUAAGGGUUUAAGCUUGGAUUCAUUUACAAGAUUGUCUAAACACCUUGGAAGCCCAUAGCUCUAUUUAGUAUCUACCCUUACAAAACUGUUUUGCCUUUGCUGUAAAUCAGGAAAACAAAUUAAUUGUAAUUGUAUUUUAAACUGUAGGUGUAAAUUUUAACUUGUUACUUUUGCUUCACUUAUAGCCUCAAAAUAAUAGGCAUCUUCUGUGAACUUUACAGGGCAAUAAUGGUAUGUACUGUAUAAAUAAACCUACUACUUCACCGACUCCCAAGGACGAGUAUACCAUACAGUACAUUUGUCUAAACUUACUUUGAAAAUUGCAUGGCUAGCUUAUGCAGUAGCUAGAUAUGUGACAAGGCGGCAAUGUUAAUCUCUAAGAAGAAUACAGUAAAUAUGCUUAAAUAUUUUAUUUACUUAAUUGAAGCAUUCUGUAGUCUCUGAGCUCGAAUGUGAGAAGCAGGGGUAACUUCUCAUUGUCUUUCUUACUCCAAACUUAAUAUCCCUCACACACAUUUAAGGACAAAUAGCAUAAUAGAUAGUACCAUAGCUUAGGCCUGUUGUAUAGGUCAAUAUCUACAAUGCACACAUGAGAAUAUAAAAUUUGCCACUGCAAAAGAGAGUAGUUGCAAAGUCUAUUUUGAAUGACCAAUUUAUAUUUGAGGAAACUAAUGUGCAGUCAUUUCUAGAAACUGUGAACACAAGGCAAUUGCUGCAUGCUUGUAUAUUUAAUGAGUUUUAUUAUGAUACACUCUUAUACGAAUGCCUAUGCAGUGUAAAUGCAUUAAUAUGAGAGUACUGAAUUUUUUUAGACUUUAUUUUCUAAGAAUGCUACAUUUUAUUGCAUGAUUUAACCAUUGUUAUUUUUUGUGUUUGUAUAAAGUGCAACCAAGAAAACACAUGAUUUUAAUAGCUUACUAUAUAAUAACUGCUUAGAUUCAUUAUAGAACAUGUUCUUAUGUAAACAUUUUUAAACUUGGCAAGAAAUGUGCUUCCUUCAAACAAUGGGCUUGGUUCACAGCAAUACCUGCUUAAUUAGUGUUUGUAUUUGUAACAUCAUUGAAUCUGUCAAUGGGGCUAAACACCUUGUGGAAAACCAAUCUGUCAGUAAGUACUGGUUUUGUUAAAAAACCCCCAACAACCUCAUAAUGAAAUUACUAGCAGUAGAAAUAGACAAGGCCUGUCCUGACUCAAUUUAAAUAAUAAUGCUCUAAUUUACGUUGUUCUGUUGAGAGUCCAAAACUGAGGAGUGUUAUGUUUGGUUCAGCAGGCUGACGGGCAGUGUAGCAUUUUUUUAAAAUAUUUUUUUUCAUAAGCUUAAUACAAUGAGUUGGUGUUAUCUGAUUGUAAACUUGGCCCAUUGUUUACAGCAUUACUGAACGUAACCAAAGUUCAGCAUACCUGAUUGACUUGAGCUGACAUGCUGACUUGAAAGAAGAAAGAAUAUUUUGGUAUAGAAGAAUCCUGCUGCAGCAGUACAUUUGGAACCUGAGUAUAUCACCGGCUAAGUGAUUGAGUUGGUCAUGGUAUUGCUAUCAGUGUUUGAAGGUGCGUAAUAUAUUUAUACUGCUGCAAACUAAGUUACCAAUUAUAACACUCAAUCAAAUAAAAAAUAAUGCAUUGCUUUAAAGGUAUGUAAAUAUUGAUUUUAAUGCUGGGGUAUCAUAGCCAUCAGUUUUUCACUGCUUUGAUAUCCAAGGAUUCCUAAUAUUACAUGGAAUGUAUUUCAUCUGCGGUCUUUUUUAGAAUCAAAUGUUUUCAUUCAAAGCAAAAUAUCUACUAUUUCUUUGUAUUGCACUGAAAUAAAAGAAUCCCGUUU